AUGAAUAAUCCAAGCUCCCCGACUAUGGGCCUCUUUGAACAGAUCUCUACACCCGUCUCUACACCCGUCCCAAGCGAUCUGAUACAAAAUUCACAUCCAAUGGCUCACAGAAUUUUCCGUAUCCCCGCGAUCCUCGAAAUGAUCCUGCUGGGCCUGGACAUGAAGACACUGCUCCUUUCAACGCGAGUCUGUCGCACGUGGAACGCCCUCAUCAGAUCCUCCCCAAGCAUCCAGAAGGCACUAUUUUUCCGUCCAGCCGACCCUGUACCCGGCCAGGCCCAAGCCAAGAACCCCUUAGUAGAGAAAAAGGUCUGGCACGACUUUCUCCACCAGCGUCUCUUCUCGCGUCUCGUAGGUGCCGCCUACUUCUCCGCCUUUCCACUGAUCGAAUCGGAAGAGAUCGACAAGGCCUAUCUACGCCCCGAGGCAAGCUGGCGCAGGAUGCUGCUCCAGCAGCCCCCGACCUCAUUCGUGUAUGAUUGGAAUAUCGCCAAAGUAUACUUGCCCCGCGACAGCAUUUCGGAUCCGGGAGGCAUUGAUUGCACCCCGGACGGGGACUUUGUUCGACUGCAGCAUGUGGCGGCCUAUAUUCACUCCGAGUUCCUCUUCCCCGGCGUAUAUCCGUCGGUUCUCUGGGCAGAUGAUCCAGCCGUGCCGUCGGUUCGUCGCACGGUUGAAGUGAGAAACACCGCCUUUUUUCUCUGGCACUACCAGGAGCAUGACUUCAUUGUUAUCUCGCAGAGGAUGUUCUGGGCUCGUCACCCGUCUGUAAUUCUUCCGCCUUUGUACCGGGUCGCGUUACGUUCGCCGGGUGUUUGGAAGCGGAUGAUUAACCUUGCUCAGCAGCACUGA